CCUACGGUGGCCGGCGAGGGCCGAGAGAGGCGUGGUGGGCUACGGUGGCCGGCAGGGGCCUGGCGUCGUCUGUCUCGGCGGCGGGAUGGAGUUGGUGGUGUUCGUUUUUUCGCUCAUUGAUUGCUGUGCCCUGAUUUUCCUUUCCGUGUAUUUCAUAAUUACCCUGUCAGAUUUGGAAUGUGACUACAUUAACGCUAGAUCUUGCUGCUCAAAACUAAAUAAAUGGGUGAUCCCAGAAUUGAUUGGCCAUACUCUUGUCACAGUAUUAAUGCUUAUUUCGCUGCACUGGUUCAUCUUCCUCCUCAAUUUACCUGUAGCGACCUGGAAUAUCUAUAGGUACAUUAUGGUUCCGAGUGGAAACAUGGGAGUAUUUGAUCCCACAGAGAUCCAUAACCGAGGGCAGCUAAAAUCACACAUGAAGGAAGCCAUGAUUAAACUUGGCUUUCACCUUCUUUGUUUUUUCGUGUACCUUUAUAGUAUGAUCCUGGCUUUGAUAAAUGACUGAAGUCAAAUUGGAGCUGUUAAUGGUUGCCAAAUUCUGAAUUAUCACUCCAUUGAAAAUGUUUUGGAACCAGGAGCAACAUUCAAGUAAACCUAGACCGGUGUCGUCAUGCAGUAUAUUUUUUCCUCUUUGAACAAAAACUAUUUUUGCUGUAUUUUUUAACAUAAAAUAUUUAAAAAA